AUGGACUCCUCACUCCCCUCAAUGUCUUCCCAGUCCCGCGCAUUCCCCCUCCCGACCAUAGCGGAAGACACGCUCCACUACUCGCUCCACUUACCGGUGCACCUCGAGCCCUCGUCCACCGCUCUCCUGAUCACCGAAUACGUUCAGUCGCUCCUCCCCUCCCCUUGGCUCUGGAACAAGGAUGCAUGGGAGCUCAAGAUCGCUCCUGAGUCUUCUGGGAGGGUGCAGAAGGGUGUAGGGGGCAAAUUGGAGGGGAGGAUGAGGGUGGGCGAUGCGGUAGAUGAUGAGUGGUUGGUCGUUUGGCUGUUGAGGGAGGUUAGCAGGAAAUGGAAGGACAUCGUUAUCAGUAUAAGAGAUACAGACGGCGAAUUCCUCCUCAUUGAAGCAGCUAACGAACUCCCCUCGUGGGUAUCCCCCGAGAACGCCGAGAACCGUCUCUGGCUCUCAGGCGGCCAUCUACACCUCCUACCACUUCAUGUCCGAUCAUCUGGGCUAUCAGUCCGCCAUAUACCGGAUGAUGAAGCGGAGGAAAGGCAAUUUGACCCGGAGGCUUUCGUGUCAGAGGAAGAUGCAGUGCGGGCUGUGCGGCUGGGCAAGUACGAGGCGGAGAAGGGGAUGGAGAAUGCUGUAUGGGACAGGAUAUCACACUACCCCGCUAAACUUUCGGAACAUCGUCAUCGAACCAAAGCGUACCUCCCACUCCCAAUAGCUCGAGCCCUCUCCGCCGAUCCCACACUCAUCCAACGCGCCGUUGAAGGCUUCUACGUACGCGAUCCCUCCCAGCUUCGAUCCGCCGCCAAAAUGUCACACUUCCCUCCCGCCCCAGCCGUCCUCUCUUCCGUCUCAAUGACUCGAGCGGCGUACGCCCAACUACAGGGCCAGGUGUUCCACCCUCCUCGAGUCUUUGGGCCGGAGUGGACAGUCAGGGAAGAUGGAGAGGCGGAUGAGAGGCGGUGGAGGGAUCUCGGCGUCAAGAUGGCGACGGGGUUUGAGAUCAUGUAUAAGGAAGGAGGGAGGAGGGGGCGGAGUGGGACUGUCAGCGGGGAUGAUGUACGGGCGGAUAAGGGGUACAAGGCGUAUAUCGAAUCGCUGAGCAAGGCGGGAUUCUUUGGCGCAGAGAUGGAGGGGAGUGAGAAGUGGAAAGCGAGGGAGGAGAAGGCUAUGAAGGGCUGGAAGGAGAUCCGCGCGGACGACACCAAGGAGCAGCGGCCUUCUUUUGCCUAUCUCGUCGACUCGGCGUUGGCUGCUACUCCCUCUAUCGAUGCAUCCACCCUCGCGGCGAAAGCAGAAGACGUGGAGGACAGCGAGGCGUGGCUGGAGGUCUCGCCUGACGAACUGGACGGGAUGAUGAUGAGGGCAUCUGGGCGGGACGCUUCCGGCGCCGGGCCGGCAGCUGGGAAGGGCAAAGGGAAGGAGGAGCAGGCAGAGCCUACUGAGGAGCACGGGAAGGCAUUGCACGAUCUGGCACAGAAGGUGCAAACGUUUGUUGGCGGGGAAGGAGACCUGAUGGGGGCCAGAUUCGGAGAUGAGCUGUCCGACGACGAGGACGACAACGACGAUGACGAUGCGAUGGACGAGGACGAUCAGUGGCAGAGCCUGACUCCGGCGCAAAAGGAGGAACGGAUGCGGAGUCUUGUUGCCCCGUUGGAGGAAGGCGAGUGGGGCAAGAAGGGGGCGGAUGAGGAUGAGGACGUCGUCAUGGUCGGCUCGGCCGCUCCAAAACCCGCCGCUCCUCGAAAUACGGUACCCCAGGCCAGCGGAUCUGUGAUGCGCCCACCCGUCCUUUCGAAGCAGGAGUUCGACGGUGUCAUCGACGAGUCCGACUCGGAAGAUGACGAGGACGAUACUCUCCCUCCGCCUGGCACCCUCGGGCGCCAGAUCGCCGAGAUGCGAUGGGCAGACACGGCGCCUCGGAUAGAGGAAGUAGAGGAUGAGGAUGAGCUCGAUACGAAGCGGGAUCGGAGCGUACGGUGGGAUGAGGGGAUCGAUAAGGCGAUGCAUCGGAAGGUGCGGGAGGAUCACGAGAGGGAGAUGGGCGAGGAUAAGCCGGUAGUGGUCAACGGGGAUGAGGAGGAGGAUGUGGAUAUGGGGGAAGAGCAGGAGGCCUUUUUGAAAUUUGCGAGGGAGGCUCUGGGGGUGGAUGAGGAGAUGUGGGCGGGGAUCGUCAAGAACAGGGAGGAUCGUGGUGCCUUUGUGCCAAAGCUUUCGAGUAAGAAGAAGGAGUCAGCGGCUACCCCUUCGGCCGAGGCCCUCGAUACUACCCCGUCGAUACAGGUCAGCCCGCCCGUGGACGGCCAGCCGAAUAUGGCGCUCAACUCGUUCGAUACCGUUAUGGCUGCCAUGGACGCUGAGCUCGCUCGGGCGAAGGGUCCCGUCCCACCUCCUACUGCUCCCACCACAGCGAAAGCUAAAGCCACACCUGGGCCCGCACCGAAGAAGACUACCAUCUCAAACAAGCUCCCCUCCGGUGUACCCAAGACCGGACCGCUUCCGGCCCUGCCGACCGAAGCGGAUCUUGACGCCAUGUCGGAGGAAGACCUGAUUGCGAUGGACCGGGAGCUACGGGCGGCUCUGAAAGGGGCGGGUAUCGAGGACGAUGAGGAUGAUGACGACUUUGACUUUGAUCCAGAGGUGGAUCCGGAGGAAGUCAAGGGGUUAGAUGGGGAGGGGAAGAUGGAAUAUAAGAUGAUGCGGGAUCUGUUGGAGAGUUAUAAAAGCCAGGGAGGGGAGAGUGGAGCUGCGGGGAAUCUGUUUGGGAGACUCGGAGGGCAGUAG